AUGGUGGUUUCAAACAAUCUUAUGAUAGAUGGAGAGUUUAAUAAUAAAUACCAAUUUUCGGCUCCAUUCAACUUAGAUUAUUUAAAAUUUAUUUUGUUAGAAAUUAUGAAUCUCAUGAUCAUACCUUUCAAUUAGAGAACGAGUAGGGGUAAUUAUCCAUAAUUUUGUAGAAGAUAAUAUUUUGAGAGGUUUUGAGGCAAAGUGUGUAGGUAGGCUAGAUUAGCCUCAAUAUAGAUACAGUUGCCAGCUUUAGAAACGAUAAAUACCAAUAAUGA